UAAUAAGGAUGAUUUUAGUCAAAAACUCGAGUUGUCCAACCUAAAUUUAAUUAGGAGUUAAUAAUAAAAGUAACCCCCUCCCCCCCCCUCCCCAACUCCUUAAGAAGAGAAUAAAAUAGUUGGAAAUUUAUGAGGGGUUUUAGGUUUUGUCACAGCUGCCAUGGAAGACGAAGAAGGAGGAGGACAAAUUCGUGGGAUAAGAGGUAGACAUAUCAAGAAAAGAGCUCUCAAGAACAAAACCCUCACUGUCUCUUUUGAUGAAAAAGACCUCAAGGAUUUUGUGACUGGUUUUCAUAAGAGAAAGAAGAAGAGAAGAAAAGAAGCACAAGUGCAAUUGGAAGAAGCCUGGAGGAGGAAACGUAUUGAGGCUCGUAAAAAGAGAAAGGAGGAAAGAGAGUUUGCCAUCUUUGGUGGAGCUGCGCCUGAUUCAGGUGCUGGAAAUGAUGAACCUGAUGAGGACCUUGACGACGAAGAAGAAAAUGAGCCUAAUGCAACAGUCUCAGGGUCUACAACAUAUGACAAUGGUGAUGUGCAAGUCAUCGUGACAACAAGUGAGAUCUCUCGGGAAGAAGAAGAAUCCCCGGCUCAAGUGCCACCACCAUCAGCAGCAGCUCAAGAUGCUGGAGAAACUAAAAACAACAAACGAAGCAUUCCAGUAACUAAGAAGAAGCCAUUCAAGAAAGUUGCGAAAAAGAGAUCCCGGCCCAAGCCACAGAGUAAGAGAGAUAAGAGAAAAGGCAAAAAGAAGAACAGGAAGCAGCUGCAAUAGUUUAACAGAUGCUUCCUCAUCCUGUGGAGCCCUUUUUUUAAAAAAAAAUUAUUUUGAAUAUUUUUAGCACGUAGUAUUUUAGUCCUUUUUUGUUUGCUUAUGUUAUGAUGAAGGUUUGUUCGCAAUGAUUAAUCUGGCUGGAUUAUUUUUCUCAAUUGAUUAUUUGUGCCA